UCCUGCACUCUCCUUUCCGGGUCCCAUUUCCAAUUCCAAACACUUGAUUACAAGAAAAGCAAACUCCGUUUAACAGGAAAGAGCAUCCAACACGUAUAAUACAUAGAUACCUACAUGGUCUAUAAUAGUCAAAAAUCAUUUGCUAUAUAAGUGCAAGUAACACCAGCAAAGGAAAGGGCAUACAAUAUUAUUAUAAGUCAUUCUUCCCAUUCAACAGGAAUUCAAGAAAACGUUACCCAAUUCUCCAAAACAAGUUGCUACAAUGGCUGCUUCUGGCGCAACCCUAAAGCGGUCCGACUCGAUUGCUGAUAACAUGCCGGAGGCGUUAAAGCAAAGCCGGUAUCACAUGAAGAAGUGUUUUAGUAAGUAUGUGCAGAAGGGGAGAAGGAUCAUGAAGCUUCAGAAUCUGCUGGAUGAAAUGGAGGAUGUGAUCGAUGACAAGAUUGAAAGAACUAAGGUCUUGGAAGGUUUACUUGGUGACAUUUGGUACUCUACUCAGGAAGCAGUUGUUAAUCCUCCAUAUGUAGCAUUUGCCAUAAGACCAAGUCCUGGUUUUUGGGAAUUUGUAAGAGUUAACUCUGCUGAUCUUGCAGUUGAUGGGAUCAAUGUUUCAGAAUACUUGAAAUUCAAAGAAAUGAUUUUUGAAGAGAGUUGGGCAAAAGAUGUGAAUACAUUGGAAGUGGAUUUUGGAGCAUUUGAUUUCUCUAUGCCUAAAUUGACUCUAUCUUCUUCCAUUGGCAAUGGGCACAAUUUUGUCUCCAAAUUCAUCACUUCAAAGUUAAAUGGCAGGCCAGAAAAUGCUCAGCCUCUAGUUGAUUACUUGCUAUCACUCACUCAUCAUGGAGAAAAACUUAUGAUCAAUGAAAAUCUUAGUACUGUUGCAAAGCUUCAGAUGGCAUUGAUAGUUGCUGAAGUGUACCUUUCUGGGCUUGCCGGGGACACCCCAUAUCAGAAUUUUGAGCUAAGCUUCAAAGAGUGGGGCUUUGAGAAGGGCUGGGGUGACACUGCAGAGAGAGCAAAGGAGACAAUGAGGUCACUCUCAGAAGUGCUCCAGGCGCCGGAUCCAGUAAACAUGGAGAAGUUCCUUAGCAGGGUGCCUACGAUUUUCAAUGUUGUAAUAUUCUCUCCUCAUGGAUACUUUGGACAAGCAAAUGUCCUUGGCUUGCCGGAUACUGGUGGGCAGGUAGUCUACAUCCUGGACCAAGUUAAAGCCUUGGAAGAUGAGUUGCUUCUCAGGAUUAAGCAACAAGGGCUUAAUAUCAAACCCCAGAUUAUAGUGGUGACACGGCUAAUUCCUGAUGCUCGCGGAACUAAGUGCAACCAGGAACUGGAAGCAAUCAAUGGCACAAAGCAUUCCAAUAUCCUUCGUGUGCCAUUCACUGUAGAAAAUAGAGUGCUCCGCCAGUGGGUUUCGCGUUUUGAUAUCUAUCCUUAUCUUGAGAAAUUUACUCAGGAUGUCGCAGACAAGAUACUAGACCUAAUGGAUGGGAAACCAGAUCUCAUCAUUGGAAACUAUACUGAUGGCAAUUUAGCAGCAACUCUCCUGGCUAACAAACUUGGGAUCACUCAGGCAACUAUUGCACAUGCUUUGGAGAAGACAAAGUAUGAAGAUUCAGACAUCAAGUGGAAGGAACUAGAUCCCAAGUAUCACUUCUCAUGCCAAUUCAUAGCUGAUACAAUUUCAAUGAAUGCAGCAGAUUUCAUCAUAGCAAGCACAUACCAAGAGAUUGCUGGAAGCAAAGAAAGACCAGGACAGUACGAGAGCCAUUCUGCAUUCACACUACCAGGGCUCUGUCGAGUUGUUUCUGGCAUCAAUGUCUUUGAUCCAAAAUUCAACGUUGCUGCACCUGGAGCUGACCAAUCUGUUUACUUCCCCAACACAGAGAAACAGAAAAGGUUCUCACAGUUUCAUUCUGCCAUUGAAGAACUAUUGUAUAGUAAAGAGGAGAAUGAAGAACACAUUGGAUAUCUAGCAGAUAAGAAGAAACCAAUUAUCUUCUCAAUGGCAAGGUUUGAUACAGUCAAGAACCUCACUGGACUAACUGAGUGGUACGGAAAGAACAAAAGGCUGAGAAACUUGGUUAACCUCGUCAUAGUUGGGGCCUUUUUUGAUCCUUCCAAAUCCAAAGACAGAGAAGAGAUGGCUGAAAUUAAGAAGAUGCAUGCACUGAUAGACAAAUACCAGCUAAAAGGUCAGAUCAGAUGGAUAGCAGCACAGACGGAUAGGCAGCGCAAUGGAGAACUCUACCGCUGCAUUGCAGAUACGAAAGGAGCUUUUGUGCAGCCAGCUCUGUAUGAAGCAUUUGGACUUACAGUCAUUGAGGCAAUGAACUGUGGAUUACCUACCUUUGCAACCAAUCAAGGAGGUCCAGCUGAAAUUAUUAUUGACGGGGUAUCUGGCUUCCUUAUUGAUCCCAACAAUGGAGAUGAAUCGAGCAACAAAAUUGCAGACUUCUUUGAGAAGUGUAAGAUAGAUGCAGAAUACUGGAAUAAGUUUUCCGAAGAUGGGUUGAAACGCAUAAAUGAAUGCUACACAUGGAAGAUCUAUGCAAAUAAGGUAUUGAAUAUGGGCUGCAUCUAUACUUACUGGAGGCAGAUGAAUAAGGAACAGAAACAAGCAAAACGGAGAUACAUCCAACUGUUCUAUAAUCUCCAACUAAGAAAACUGGUGAAGAAUGUGCCUAUCCCAACUGAAGAAGCUCAGCAGCAACCAGCGCCAAAGCCGGUAAACAAAGCAUCAUCAAGCACCAGACGCAGUCAAUCUCGAUUGCAAAGGUUGUUCGGUGCUUAAAGGCGUAAAUAAGGCAGCAUACCUGAGAUGGCAUGUUCUGUGCCGCCUAACAUUGGUGUCACCUGUUAUACUUUUUAGUUUUUCAUCUUUUGUAUUCAAAGAAGCAGCAAAUUAUUCAAUAAAAUAAAGCAAGUGGGAUUGUAAUGCAUUAUACAAAGCAAUAAAAUCUUCUUGAUGUUAAUUUUUCAA